AUGGCAAGGGGUAUUGAGACCGAAGUAAAGGUCGAGAGACUUGACCUUGCUUACAGGAACAUGACAGAGAUCAAUCCACAGAUUGUUGAACGUUUCGGUUCUUCAGUCAAGGAGCUGGAUCUAUCCUCCAAUCAUCUAGACAAGGACUUGAGUAUACUUGAAGGAUUUAAAAGAUUACAUACAUUGGUAUUGGAUGAUAAUAGGAUGACACAACAUACAAAGUUACCUCAAUUGCAUAAUCUGAAUACAUUAUGGGUCAAUAGUAAUAUGAUUACAAACCUAAGUGUAUUCAUUGAUCGUGUGGCAGAGGCCAUGCCAAACUUAAAGACACUCAGUAUGCUAAAGAAUGAAGCAUGUCCAAACUUCUUCAAUGGACACUCACUGCGAGAGUACAGGGACUACCGUCUGUACGUCGUGCAUCGUCUGAAAGGCCUGACACUGCUGGACACAUCGCCCGUCACGGACGAGGAGCGCAGCGAUUCGGCCAAGGUGUACAGCACCAUGACCAACGUGCUCAACCCACACGCCACCGUGCCCGCCAAGGCCAAGGUGGAGGUGGAGGACGACCCCAAGAAGAAACGUAUCGAGCACAUCAAGGAAGAGGAGCAGAGAAAGCUGCGCAGCAAGCAGGAGCGUUUGGAGCGUCGCGAGAACAGGAAGAUCAGACGCGAGCAGCGCGCCGCCAAGCAGUUGGAGCUCGAGAAGCAGCAGAUACAGGCCGAGAAGGAGAAGGCAAAGAAGGAGGACGAUUUCACAGACAGCGAGGACGAGGGUGGCGACAAGCCAGCCAAGUCUGGCAAGCCUGGCAAGCUCCCAAUCUUUGCCACGAACCAGGCGCCCAUGGCCAUCAUCCCACCACAACCAACGCGAGCCAAUAUCACUGAUGAUGCAGAUGAUGAGGACGGAGGCAACAACAGCGACUCUGAUCAAUCGGACCUGCCAAUCCAUCGCAGCAGCCAGGCACCACUUCAUCCACCUGCGCCACCCACUCAUCAGGUGGCUGGAGUACAGGCGGCACAUGACGAUCUAGAGGACGAUGAUGACACGACCACAUCAGAAUGGUCUUCCGAUGUAGAGCUGCGUGACGACGAUGACGAGCAACAACAGUAUAUCAACUCGGCACUGCCCACCAAGCUCACACUGCAAGACCAAUACUAUGACGACGACGAUUCAUCUGAGGAGGAGUACAUGGAUGACGAGUAUGAGAUAACGCAUUAUCCAGUUGUUCGUCGUCCAACACCUCCACAU